UUCACAGACCUCAGUCAUUUAGUACGUAAACUGUCAGGUCUGUGUUUGACGUAGCUUCAAAAACUACAGUUUCUCUUCUAGUUUUAUUUAUAAACACAGAAAUUCAACUCAAUUAGAUCGACAGGACUGAGAUGUUACAGUUUAGGGCUUCACUUGUGCUGAAGGAGUUGAUUCAAACCAGCCCUAAGCGUUCGUUAUCUAACAUUUUACGGCAUAAAAAUACGUUACAACACGCGUACUGCUUGAGCGCUGCUUAUUCCAAUGGCAAAACACCAAAGUUAAAAAUCCUCCGGAAUGGAAGACAACCACCUUUCAUUCAACCUUCACCUUGGAGAAGAUUCCUAUGUACAAAGACCGAUGGAGUGACUGAACCCACGGAGCCUGUGAAGAAAGAUGAGACCGCACAGGAAACGACGGCAGAGAGAAGGAAAGCUGGAAUCCUGCCCAGUUUGGAGGAUCUGCUCUUUUACAGUAUUGCUGAAGGCCAAGAGAAGAUCCCAGCCCACAAAUUCAUUACAGCGCUGAAGGCCACCGGACUUCGAACGGGAGAUCCACGGCUGAAAGAAUGUAUGGACAUGUUGAAAGUUACCCUGAAAUCCACUUCAGAUGGUGUAAUGCUGGACCGACACCUAUUCAAAAAAUGUGUCCAAAGCAACAUUGUACUCCUAACCCAGGCAUUCCGCAAGAAGUUUGUUAUCCCUGAUUUCCAGUCGUUUGCCUCCCACAUUGACAGUCUUUAUAACAAAGGUCAAAAGCUUUCUGGUGGACUGGUGGCCGACUACAUUCCACAACUUGCCAAAUUUAGCCCAGAUUUGUGGGCCGUGUCCCUUUGCACAGUAGAUGGACAGAGACACACAGUGGGUGACACUAAAGUGCCGUUUUGCCUGCAGUCGUGCGUGAAGCCACUCAAGUACGCUGUUGCUGUGCACGAUCACAGCACCGAAUAUGUGCACAGCUUCAUUGGGAAAGAGCCCAGCGGCUUACGCUUCAACAAACUUUUUCUGGAUGAGGAUGAUAAACCACAUAAUCCAAUGGUGAAUGCUGGUGCUAUCGUGUGUACAUCUCUGAUUAAGCAGGGGGCAGGCAAUGCUGAGAAGUUUGAUUAUAUGAUGAACUUCCUAAAGAAGAUGGCAGGAAAUGAAUAUGUCGGCUUCAGUAAUGCAACAUUCCAAUCGGAGCGUGAGUCGGGAGAUAGGAAUUUCGCUAUUGGUUACUAUCUGAAAGAGAAGAAGUGCUUUCCAGAUGGUACAGAUAUGACCGCUGUCCUGGACCUCUACUUUCAGCUGUGCUCUAUUGAAGUAACAUGCGAGAGCGCUAGUGUCAUGGCUGCCACGCUAGCCAACGGCGGAUUCUGUCCAAUCACAGGCGAGCGUGUGCUGAACCCAGAGGCCGUGCGAAACACCCUUAGUCUCAUGCACUCCUGCGGCAUGUACGACUUCUCCGGACAGUUCGCCUUCCAUGUGGGUCUUCCAGCCAAGUCGGGUGUUUCUGGUGGUAUUUUGCUUGUUGUGCCUAAUGUGAUGGGCAUCAUGUGCUGGUCUCCUCCGUUGGACAAGCUCGGCAACAGUGUCCGAGGCAUCCAGUUCUGCACGGAUUUGGUGUCCUUGUUCAAUUUCCACAACUACGACAACCUGAGGCAUUUCGCUAAGAAGCUCGACCCACGUCGAGAGGGAGGGGAACAGCGGCCGCUCACCUUUGGACCGAUGGAUUACGAGAGCCUUCAACAAGAGUUAGCUCUUAAAGACAGUUUUUGGAGAAAGGUCUUGCCUAUCGAGUGUAAUGAAGACAGCUCCACUACUGUAGUCUAUAGGAUGGAUAAGGAUGGAGAGCAGAACUAAAAUGGACCUGACUCAACUGUGGGGGCUGUUUGACAGCAUAUAUUUAUAUACAGUAUGUUAUCAAUGCAGUUAUUUAUUUUUAAUGAAUUUCAGUGGAUUGUAAUUUUGGCCAGCGUAUGUAGUGUGUGUAUAUAUAUAUCAUAUGUGUGGUUCUGACCAAAGCCUUCAAGUCUAUUCUUCUUACUUGAUGAGUCUCCUCAUUGAUGAGUGGUGGAGGACAGCUCGGUUCUCUUCUGGUUGUCAGGGGUUUUUACCUAAGACAUUAUUUCAUGGGACGUUUGGAUUGUGUUUACAUCACGUGUAGCUAGUAGUCAGUGCAAACUUUUUUCCGUUUAGACCAGCAAGUGUUGAACAGAUUGCAGGUGGUUCACUUUUACGUUACGUUUAAACGUUUUGGUCAUAUAUUUAACUCUGCCAUACAUAGCCUGUAAUGAUAUAAGUAGUGUUAUUGCAACACUUUCUAAGGAUUUUAUCUUUAUGGUGUUACAAACACACGCAUAAGUCCAUGAACUGACCCACUCAGAUUUACGACGGCGUGUGUUUUUUCUAGUAAAGGUCAGCCAGGUUUGUUAAAAGAAUAGUUAACAUAUUUUCCCUUAGGAUAAUGCCAUUUUGAUUAUAACCUUGCAGUCCGAAUACUUCGACUCACAGUCAGCUGCUUGGUUUUGGUUACAUUUAGUUAACUAUAAAUUUUUUGUCAUGACACAUUCUUCUGAGUAUUCAUCACAGAUCUUGCAUUUGCAUUCUUUCAAAUUUCUACAUCUAGACACUCUAUUGCUACACUGCAAAAAUGACUUUCUUACUUGGUAUUUUUGUCUUGUUUUCAGUACAAAUAUCUAAAAAUUCUUAAAUUAAAAUGUAUUUUCUUGAUGAGCAAAAUGACCUAAGAAAAUAAGUCUAGUUUUUAGACAAAAAAUAUACAAUUUAAGUAAAUGUGUGCUUAAAACAAGCAAAAAUAUCUGCCAAUGGGGUUAGAAAAUGUUUCUUGAAUUAGGUGUUUAAGAAAAAAGUAAAAUUAUUUAAAUAUACUGUAAAAAAGAUUUUCAAGAAAAAUAAAUCUUAGUAUUUCUGUCUUAUUUUCAGUAAAAAAUAUCUAAAAAUUCUUGAUGCGCAAAACGACACAAGUCUAGUUUUUAGACCAAAAAUAUCUAAUUUAAGUGAUUUUGUGCAUAAAAUAAAGCAAAAAAUCUGCCAAUUGGGUAAGCAAAAAAUCUUGACAUUUUUUUUAAACACUAAAUUCAAGAAAAAUUUGCUUACCCCAUUGGCAGUUUUUUUGUUUGUUUGUUUGUUUUAUGCACAAAAUCACUUAAAUUUGAUAUUUUUGGUCUAAAAACUACACUUAUUUUCAUGGGUUGUUUGCUCAUCAAGAAAAAGCAUCUUAAUUUAAGAUUUUUUUAUAUAUAUAUUUACUGAAAACAAGACAAAAAUACUAAGAAAAUGUUUUCUUGAAAAUCAAUUUUUGCUGUGUAUUUUUUUUUUUCUCAGCCCAUUGGCAGAUUUUUUUGCUUGUUUUAAUCACAAAUUCACUUAAAUUGUAUAUUUUUUUGUCUAAAAACUAGACUUAUUUUCUUAGGUCAAGUAUUUUUGUCUUGUUGAGCAAAAUUACCUAAGAAAAUAAGUCUAGUUUUUAGACAAAAAAAAUAUCCAAUUUAAGUGAAUGUGUCUUUAAAACAAGCAAAAAUAUCUGCCAAUGGGGUGAGAAAAUUUUUCUUGAAUUAGGCGUUAAAGUAAAAUUAUUUAAAUAUUUUUUUCUCACCCCUUGUGCUUGUUUUAAGCAGACAUUUACUUAAAUUGUAUAUUUUAUGUCGAAAAAAUAGACUUAUUUUAGGUCAUUUUACUUGCAAGGAAAUGCAUCUUAAUUUAAGAAUUUUUUAGAUAUUUGUACUAAAAACAAGACAAAAAUACUAAGUAAGAAAGUCAUUUUUGCAGUGUAAAAAUGUUACGCACCUUAUGGAUUGGGUUCAUAUGAAGCUGAGCUUUGAUAAUCUUUUAAAGUGAGUUUUAUUAUUGGAUAGACACUGCCCUCAUCAGGCUGUUUCCUUUAUUAAUUCCUAUAGUUUUCAUUCUACAAAGGGUUUCAUUUUAUCCUUUUGUUGUUGCAUAAAUUGCUACUGUACAUGCAUUCGCAAGCGUGAAUACUACUGCAUGUUGUAGUUUGUCUGCCUAUAUAUAGUAAGACUGCUGUAUUUGUGCUUUAUUUUCAUGUCAUGUUACAUGAUUUGAUGUUUUGUGCUGCUAGUGUUACUGGACCUUUUGCUUAUAUAUUGGGUGUGAGUUUUAUGUCCUUACUGACAUUUUUUUAACAAAACAGAUGAGCUCUUUUGCAGUAUACUCUUUAGCUCACGCUCAUCAUCUAAUUUUUAUACACAUUUUACCAUGACCUGAUUUUGGUUGUAACCUGUCUUACCCUCAUAAACAGUUGUGUAUUUUUAUUCUGUUUUCUCAUUGUGUAUUUAUGUACUGUAACUUGUCCUGGUUUUACGUUUUGUAUCAUAAUAAAUAUAUUUCAUCACA